CGGACCAAGUUGAACAUUGCCCGUUGCAAGACCAUUUAAAACAUCAAAGCAAUUUUAAUUCAUUUACAAUUAACUGGGCGGACAAAAUGCCGGAGUUAGCCGUGGAAAAGGUUGUUGUCCAUCCGUUGGUACUGCUGAGCGUUGUGGAUCAUUUUAACAGGAUUGGAAAAGUUGGAAGUCAGAAGCGAGUUGUGGGUGUGCUACUUGGUUCUUGGCAAAAGAAGGUGCUUGAUGUGUCCAACAGUUUCGCGGUACCCUUUGACGAGGAUGACAAGGAUGAUUCUGUGUGGUUCCUUGACCAUGACUACUUGGAGAAUAUGUAUGGCAUGUUCAAGAAAGUCAAUGCAAGGGAAAGGAUAGUAGGCUGGUAUCACACUGGCCCAAAACUACACAAGAAUGAUAUUGCCAUCAAUGAACUCAUGAAACAGUACUGUUCUAACUCGGUUUUAGUCAUUAUUGAUGUCAAACCCAAAGACCUGGGGCUGCCAACCGAAGCUUACAUCUCUGUGGAGGAAGUGCAUGAUGAUGGAACCCCUACAUCUAAGACAUUUGAGCACGUGACCAGUGAGAUUGGGGCCGAGGAGGCAGAGGAGGUGGGAGUGGAGCAUUUGCUCAGAGAUAUCAAAGACACUACCGUGGGCACUUUGUCUCAGCGCAUCACCAAUCAGGUACAUGGUCUAAAGGGGCUCAACUCAAAGCUACUGGACAUCAAAAGCUAUUUGGAGAAGGUUGCCACUGGCAAGCUGCCCAUUAACCACCAGAUCAUCUACCAGCUUCAGGAUGUGUUCAACCUACUGCCUGACGUCAACCUGCAGGAGUUCGUCAAGGCUUUCUACCUCAAGACCAAUGAUCAAAUGCUAGUGGUCUACCUUGCGUCUCUUAUUCGUUCUGUCGUGGCACUCCAUAAUCUGAUCAACAACAAAAUCGCCAACCGUGAUGCAGAAAAGAAGGAGGGCCAGGAGAAGGAUGACAGCAAGAAAGAGAAGAAAGAGGACAAGGAUAAAGACAAGGAGAAGGAAAAGGAGAAAGCAGAUGCGACAGUGAAGAAAGAUGACAAAAAGGAAAAGAAAUGAACUUAAACACCUGACCUGAACUCACACAAUCUUGACUAAAGAGGGAGGGGAGCGUGGGUUUCUUCCCUCCUCCUGUAAAUCUGUGCAGGUUUGGUCGGGCAUUGUAUUUAUCUUUUUCUCUUUUUUUUUGGUAUAGAGGACUCAUUGUUUUGUUUUGGGUUUUUUUUUUUUUUGAGUAAAAGAGGGAAAAGAAUUCAAGUUGCUUUUUCUUGUCGCUGCUUGUCACAGUGCAGUCAAUAUACCAUAAGAACAUGCACACGGCAGGAAAAUAUUACAGCCCAAGCAUGAAAAUCAACAGUAAUCAUUUCGUGUCUGAAGUGAAAUUUGUUAAAGACAAAGAAAUGUGGGUCAUUAUUCAGUGUUAAAGACCACUCACAUUAAGCAGUGUGCCUUGUUUGUAACAGUGAGUUUGCCCUGUGAGAACACAUUGCAUUUAGUACUCAAACUGUAACAGAUCUCUCACCCAUUCAUGUUUUAUAUGUAGAAAUAAAAAGCAAGCCUAUUUAAAUUUGAUGAUCAGUUAGCUAUGUGUGUGCAGCAU